AUGAAGACAAAAGAGCAGUAUCAUGAGAAGGGUAACCAUGAGUAAAGAUAUCAGUAAAAUGAUUCCAGUUGCACUGAAACCAUGGCUAAAACGAUGAGCUUUAGCUAGGAAUUCAACUCUCGUCACACUCACAACCCUGAAUGGGCGUCGAAUGAAUAAGAAUGAAUAAGACAUGAAUGACACAUGACUGUGAUUCUUGAACAGUCAGUCAGGCAGUCAGUCAGUGGUUGACAGAUCCAUUUGCCUCAGUUGAUAAGCUGGCUUGAUGGCAUACUUGUCCUCAUUCCUACAACAGCAAGGUGACACACUCUCUCUCUCCCACUCACACGUGUAUUCUAUAUUUGAGACACUUAAUUAUUCUGUAUUACUACUACAUGCUUGACAGGGGAAAAUAACCCUAUAUUAGCCAACUAAUUACAUUCUGUGACAGAAUCAUAAGACAUUUCAAAACCAAUCUGAGGAUGAAGAAAGUUGCUUGUUUACUGUAUUAGUGUCGUUCCAUCACUUUCAGUUUAUACAAACAGCAGAUUUAUCCUGAUUUGAUCUCUCAGAAGCCUGAAACAUAAACAAUUAUUUUCCAUUCAAACGUUGUUUUUCCCGGUUAUGAUAAGGCAACACAUCAGUACUAAGCUAAGUUAUUUCAGUCGUUUAAAUAGCCAGUUGGAAGUCUUACAGUUUUACCUCUGAAAUAAUUUCCUACCCCGCCCAGUAUCCACUUCUUCUAACCCAGACUGGCUUUAUCGCUGCUCCUCUAGUACUUGGCUGCACCCGCUGCCCCCUGUCCCUAUUCCUGUCCCUGGGCCUCAGGCUAAAGCUCUAACUCUAUUAGCUCUGUGAUUGUGUCCACACUCAUCCAGCCCUGAUCCAACCCUGCAUCUGACAGCAAGUCCCUUGAGCCCUGGGACUGGGAGAAAACACUUCCUGGGUUGAGGUCUCACGCUAACAACCCCAGUGCUGUGGGUGGAAUUGUUUUGGUUUACCUUCAUUUGUGACUUGGAAAACAUUGCAGGCCUCAUUAUGCUGCAGGCUAUAGUGUAACUAGGUCCCAACAUUUUUGCAUGGCCAGGUUAGGUCACAUGAUCAGGGAAAACUCCUGUCCCUAGUUUCUUCAGUAGGGUAUUAUUUCCAGUCCACGCGUUCUAUAUAAACAUGUGAACACACUCAGAUGUGAUUUAUGGUAAAAUAGUCCAUAAGGGCAGUGUGUCCCUAGGGGUAUUGUUCUCUGUGCUGUAGGUGAGCUCUUCAGUACAGUACAGUACAGUACAUUAUGUCCUGUGAAAGAGAGAUCUCUUAGUCACUGUGGCAUUCAACUUGCUGCCAUUAGGUGGAGUAGGAGUGCUAUAGUAGUGACUCACCUGCCCUAUCACCUGAGGCUACAGGUACGCCCUCCCUCCUCCGCCCUCCCUCGGUUGAGAGAGAGAGAGAGAGAGAGAGGUAAUCAUGUCAGAGCACACUGGUCCCCCUCCCUACAGCAGCAGCUGGAAAGGGUUAAAAAGAGGAGGGGCGAGAGAGGUUUGGAAUGGAAACUGCCUCUGGGUGUGUACCAGAACAGGUAGGGAAAAGGAGAGGGGAGGGAGGGAGGGAGGGAGGGAGAGGGAGAGCGAGAGCAAGAGAGAGAGAGAAAACAUGGAGAGUACAGACAAAACAGGCUCCCUCUCUCGGGGGAACACUUCCUAGUAACCUGGCUGGGUGGAGCCAAUGGCCAGAGCUGGGAGCGGCUGAGCGAGAGGCUGCUGUGGUGUGGUGUAUAUGCUACUGUAUGUUUCUGAAUGGUGUCUGUCUGAGUUGGGUUCCUCUGCUAUGGUAACACACACCAAGCACUGACCGUGGAGCCCAGCGGAGCCUGUGCUGUGGAGGAGGAGGACAUGAGGUCCGACAGGGAGGAGGGGACACCCGGUGAGUGAGAGAAAGAGAGAGAGGGAACGAGGGAAGAAAGAGGAGUGGGUUUAGAUGAUCGGUCACUGUUUAGAGGGUUGGUUUAGGCCAGAGCUAUGUUUCUACGGUAGAGGCGUGUGUGAGUUCAUGAGUUUGUUUUCACGUGUACACCUAUGUGUUUGAAUGCGCACACUGUAUUUAUGAGAGGAAUUUGAAUGAGUCAUGUAAACUCAUUAUCACUGAGUAACUAAAUGAACAGCUCAUCAUUCAGUAUUAUUAGUAAUGUAUUUCCAUAAUAUGUUGCUAUAUAUGGAAAGGUUGUGUUAGCAACUCAUUGUUGAAUGUAAAGAAAUAUUGUUUGGUGUGUAAUUUUAAAAAUAAAAUAUUUAUUGGUAGUAGGUCCCUAACCUCUUUGUUUAUUUGUUUUACAUGUAAACAAAUUAGGUUGAUCAGGAUCUGACAUGUACGCAUGUACAUUGGUUAAUAUGCUUGUUAAUCAGUUAAUCAGACAUAAGUAUAUGAUACUCCUGGAGUGAGUCUAGUCUGGGGAAUUAAGGGAGAUAUUUGGUAAUGAGCAGCUCAGUCAACAUAGCACACAUAGCCUACAUAUUUGGGAGAUGAUUAGUCAGUCAGUCUGUCAUAAAAUCAGUAGAUAGUGAUAGCACUGACGUCAUCCAUGUAUUCCUAUGGAAAACCGGUGGCACAUGAAGCCGGAAGUAUUUGCAUUUGAAGCGCACCGUAUUGCUGAAUGGGGCUGAAUGGCACAAACAAAUCACUAAGGAUCAUGGUGAAAAUAGCCAUAACUAGCAAAGGAUUAUGGUCGAUGUAGUCGUUUUCAUCCCUGCCUGACAGAGUCAACUUGGUUUUAAUGUCUAUGUACCUGAUGCUAGCCUACUGUUAAACCUUUGCAGCAGAAUGUUAACUUGAAAGCUCAGCGUUACCUAGAACCUAGCCAGGUCAACAUUGGAAAGCAAAUAUUAACUAUGAUAAUCAGAAUAACCAAAAAAAUUAAGAUAAGACUCUUUCGAGUGACGAUUACUUCAGUUAAAUAGAGAACAUGCCGGCAUGGUAAAUCUCUUUUGUAAAAUCUAACUCGAAUUGGCGCAAAGUUAAGUGCACGAGCACCCUAUCUAGUCUAGAUAUCUGUCACGCCCUGGCUCUGGGGACUCUUAAAUGUUGAGCGAGGGUGUGGAGUUUCUAUGUCAUAUUUUCUAUGUUGUGUUUUCUAGAUCGUGUUGAUCUAUGUUGGCCAGGGUGGUUUCCAAUCAGAGGCAGCUGUAUCUCGUUGUCUCUGAUUGGGGUCCAUACUUAGGCAGCCUGUUUGGCACUAGUCGGUGUGGGAUCUUGUUCCGUUAAGGUUUGUUUUGUGUAACCUAGGACUUCACGUUUCGUUUGUUUGUUGUUUUGUCGUGAGUUAAGUACUUAAUAAAAUGUACGCUUAUCACGCUGUGCCUUGGUCCGUAUCUUCCAUAAACGAUCGUGACAGAAGAUCCCACCAAAAGAGGACCAAGCAGCGUGUCCAGGAACAGACAGCCUGGACCUGGGAGGAGAUCCUGGACGGGAAGGGAUCCUGGACUUGGGAGGAGAUUCAGGCCGGAAUGGAUCGCCGUCCUUGGGAGGAGACUGUGGAGGCGCGCUAUAGAGAGGAGCAGCGGCAACGCAGAGGGUACUGGCCGAGGAGGAAGGCCGAGAGACAGCCCCAAGAAACAUUUUUGGGGGGGCAAAGAGGGUGGUUGGCGGAGCCUAGGGUUAGAGCAGAGCCAACUCCCCGUACUCAGGCUAGGAAGCGUGUGACUGGGCAGGCUCCGUGUUAUGCAGAGCCACGUACUGUGCCGCGAGUGUUCCGGCACAGUCCUGUACGUCCUGUGCUAGCACCACGCACGUGUCGUGCAAAGAUGGGCAUUCAGCCAGGACGGGGUGUGCCGGCUCAACGCUCGUGGUCUCCAGUACGCCUCCUCGGUCCCGUAUAUCCUGCGCCAGUGCCACGUGCUGUAGCGCCAGUACGAGUGCACAGCCCCGUACGUCCUGUGCUGAUGCCUCACACGUAUUGUGUGGAAGUAGGCAUUCAGCCAGGACGGGUUGUGUCAGCUCUUCGCUCCAGACCUCCAGUCCGCCUCCACAGUCCGGCCCGGCCCGUUCCGGCUCCCCGCACCAAGCCAGUGGUGCGCGUCGCCAGCCCGGUCCGGCCUGUUCCUGCUCCCCGCACCAAGCCAGUGGUGCGCGUCGUCAGCCCGGUGCGGCCCGUUCCUGCUCCCUGCACCAAGCCAGUGGUGCGCGUCGUCAGCCCGGUCCAGCCCGCUCCUGCUCCCCGCACCAAGGCAGUGGUGCGCGUCGUCAGCCCGGUCCGGCCCGCUCCUGCUCCCCGCACCAAGCCAGUGGUGCGUGUGUCCAGUCCGGCACGGCCCGUGCUCCACUCCGGAGCCAGAGCAAUCCGCUCCACCGGGGUCCGGUCCAACUCCUGUCAGCGGAUCCACUCCGGAGCCGGAGCAAUCCGCUCCACCGGUGCCCAGUCCAGCUCCGGCCAGCGGCUCCAGUCCGGAGCCUGUACAGAUCGAUCCACCGUCGUCGGGUCGAGCUCCAGUCAGCGGUGCCAGACCAGACCAGGGGCGCAACGGGGAGGUGGAGAGAAAGUGGUGGUCACACCCGGAGCCGGAUCCACCUCCGAGAAGGAAUGCCCACCCGGCCCCUACCCUGCUGUGUUUGUGUGGCGCGGUCGCAGUCCGCGCCUUUGGGGGGGGGGGUGGGGUACUGUCACGCCCUGGCUCUGGGGACUCUUAAAUGUUGUGCCAGGGUGUGGAGUUUCUAUGUCAUAUAUUCUAUGAUGUGUUUUCUAGAUCGUGUUGAUCUAUGUUGGCCAGGGUGGUUCCCAAUCAGAGGCAGCUGUAUCUCGUUGUCUCUGAUUGGGGAUCAUACUUAGGCAGCCUGUUUGGCACUAGUCGGUGUGGGAUCUUGUUCCGUUAAGGUUUGUUUUGUGUAACCUAGGACUUCACGUUUCGUUUGUUUGUUGUUUUGUCGUGAGUUAAGUACUUAAUAAAAUGUACGCUUAUCACGCUGCGCCUUGGUCCGUAUCUUCCAUAAACGAUCGUGACAAUAUCAUAUGACCAUGAUCCUUCCACAUGAAAAAAAAAUAUGUAUGGGCUACCAUCACAACAACCGAUCACAACUCGGUUAGGCUAAAUUGGAUUACCCCAUGAGAAAAAUAAUAACAUUUUUAUCUCGAUUCUGUAUUUUUAUAUGAUUGUAGACUAUCUUUAUCAUUGUGCAACUGCAUCAUUUUGUCAUCGUAAAAAAUACCCUCAGACAUACAAUGUAGUUUGGAAUUCAAAAUGUAUUAAAUUAUAAUUGCAUACUAAAUUGAUAUUUCAAACACAGUGUGAGCGCAAUCCUCCAUCUCCAUGGCCAUCCUCUGUUCUCCACUCUGUCAUCCUCUAUCAGCCCCAUAGACAUUGGUCAGCCCCUCCAUCUCCACCAGUCAGAAUGGAUCACUAUUUAAUGAAAUAUCUUGAUUUGUAGCGAACUUUUAAAUAAUUCACAGUGGAGAUCAAACUUGAUCAUAAUAAACACAUUUUUGAACCCAAACCGUCCGUCAAAAAAAUAUAUGUUUGGCCGUUGUGGCUAUCGUAAUUUACAUAGGCUUUCUAGGCAGACCAGGGAUUUUGGCACAACUAGGUUGCUAUGCAGUAGCCGACCAGCAGAGCUUGUGACUUUAUGCUCCAGACCGGACACUGGGGGCCAGGGUCAUAUCCCAGUGCUCUGGAAUUGGUGUCAUGUUAUGUCUGGAGUUCUGUAGGUCCUACAAGUACUAUCCAAUCAGCACAUUGCCCCAGUUUUCCCCUUAGAAUUCCUCCGCCCACCUUGACAUUCAAUGUGUUUGGCAUUUUGAUAGGAAAUGGCAACCCACAGACACACCUACACCUACAGGUGUUAUCUGAGAGCUCCUCCAACACCUCCAACUGGACCCCUGGUAGACACUGUCUCAGUUGCAGUGACAUGAUCCUUACUGUGUUUGUCUAGAUGUGUGUGUGCGUAUUUGAGGAGAUGAGUCCGAGGAUGAUCCCGUUGGUUGUGUUGCGUGACUCCUGCUGCGUGACUCCUCCAUACCCAGAGGUUACUUUCCAAAUUGAGAAAAGUUAAUGAGUUUGACCGAGUGAGCCGCUGCUGCCAGAUGGCACUAUCAGAGAUGGUCUCACACACUGCUCCCACAGUAGGCCCAUGAUGGCACGCUCUGCAGGGCUAGUCCUUGAUCAGUGACCAGUCUACCUGGCUGGACCAGUCUAAUGUGUUACAGUGCCAUAGCGAGUGGAGGUCAGUGUAUGAGAAGGAUGCACCACCAUUAGUCUGACCGAGGUUUUAUCUUCUCGAGAUAUUCAUGCAUUGGGCACUGCAUUUCAACUCCGAAAUAUCCUCAACAGGGAUGAUUCUGGCUUGUGGCCAUACUGAACACUAAUGGGACAAUGUUCAGUAUAGUCUCAUUGGGCAAGUCUAUUGUUCAGUGUUCAGUCAAAGUUAGACCAUGUACAGUGAUAUCAUGUCAUAGAGCGAACCCAGCUAUGUUCAGAUAGAUUAUUGGCGUUGUUGCUAUUGCUAACUAGGCUCUAGGUAGUCUGAGCUGAGCGGCCUUACCAGGUUCUUGCUGCUCUUCCAGCAAUACAUCCCUGGCAGUGGGCCUAAUCUUCUCAUAAUAAAAGUGUGAAUCAAUUACUGCUAUCUCCAGUUGGCAUGCCUACACUGACCUCCGUUGUAAUGUAAACUCACAGCAAUUAACAAAUGGCAGCUGUUCUCUAUAGAUAUACAAACAGGGGCAUGGAUAAGCAUGCGCACACAAACACACGUAUGCACACACACACACACACACACACACACACACACACACACACACACACACACCUCUUUGUGGGUACAGGCAUGCAGAUUUACACACGCAGACUUAGAAAUGUUCACUAGAGCUUCCAAACAAAAUAUGUGCCUCACAUACAGUAAAAGCAUAGACGUUAAAUGUGACUAAAUCCUCAGGUUGCAAUGGUAAGAAAGAAACACAAGUGAGGCGUAAACUCUAACAUACUGUAUAUGGAAGGAAACCCAGGGUCCACUCUUUAGCAUGUUGUUUAUGUUGUACGGUGGAUGUUGUGGUUAAGGAAGGUUAAGAGCCAGUGCAAUGUAUAAUUCAUGUUCACAUACAUUAUAGAAGGGCCUUGUAAUAUCCUGAGUGGGAAAUUAACCUGCUGGUACUUACGUGCAGCCAGGUGCUGUUCAGGGAUCAACCAGCGAGGGUUUGUGUUGUGUUGUUUUCUGUUGCGUUGUGUUGUGUCGUGUUAUAUUCUCUCACCCACUCACACUCAUCCCUGGCCCUAUCAAUGGCUGAGGUACUGAGACAGCCCACAGGCUAUCCAACCAAAAUGACUGACUAAUAUAGAGAAUCUCAACAAAGAGUUGUGGAGCAGGUUUAAAACAGCCACUAAUCUCCCUGCAGCCUCCCACCCACCAAAACUCCCCCUCGGAUCCAAAACCCGUCAUUUACUGAAUGAAUGUGGUUGCUGUUUUUGAUGCAACCCUUUCUAUUGGUAUUGUAUCAUUUCAUGUUGAUUUGAUGUUAUCCUCUUAUAUAAUGCCCUAUAUUUGGGUCAUCCUCUUGACUUGAGAUGUUAACAAAAUGCUUUUAAUUUUCAUGGAGAUUACAGGAUGUCUCUUUAGAGACUGCUCUUAUCAAGUUGCUCUGAACAGCGAUUUUGUGAUUCCUUCCACAUGGUCUUAUAAUAGCCCUUUUAGAUCUGUUUGCUUCAUGAGAAAUGAAGUGUUGCCUGCGAGAGGUAAUAAUGUGAAUAGAUUCUGAGUGGAUAGUAAGGACAUUCCAUGUGAUGAAUGAAGGACAUCCAUGGCCAGUAGAAUCCUGUCUGUAUAUCCUCCCAGCAGAGAGAGAAAGGGUGAGGGGUUUGUUUGAGGAUACACAGAACACACAGGUUAUUAAUAAGAGGGCUCUCUCUCAACCACACCCACACUUCUGUUUGACUAUGAAGGAUCCCUAGGUUAAUAUUAUCUGCAUGAUGAGGAGCAGCAGCUGACCCCUGUCAUCCCCUACGGCGAUCCCAGCACAGCCCUCCUUUCCUGGGAAUCAUCUCCUCUACGCAGUAAUAAUCAGAGAUGCCGAGCACACUCGCAUGCGUACACACACACGCAUACACACACAAACCGAUACAGCCAUCCAAGCAUCAUGUGACUCCUCCGUCACAUACACAGAGCGGUUGAAGACUGGGGAUGGAGGAGAGACAAAGAGACAUGGAGGCCUGAAGUAGACUUUAAGACGUAAUAUAUUCAUAACCAUCACCAGUUACUUAAACCUCACUGCAGGCAUCCAAGCAACUUCGUAAACCCCAGUAAUGAAAUAUUACAUUGGCUUCAGAAGUAAGGAGAUGUCAAAGUGGAUGAAGCUUGGCAAGUCAGGGGACUACUGAAUAGUUGUGUCAUGAGAGGUUGUCACACCCUGGCUCGGGGACUCAUUAUGUUGAGCCAGGGUGUGUUCAUUCUAUGUUUUCUGUUUCUUUGGUGGGUGUUCUAGGUUGUCUAUUUUCUAUGUUUGCCGGUGUGACUCCCAAUCAGAGGCAACGAGUGUCAGCUGUCGGCUGGUUGUCUCUGAUUGGGAGCCAUAUUUAAUCUGUCUGUUUUUCUUUCGGGUUGUGGGAUUUUGUUCGUGUGUGUUCGUGUUGUACCAUAGACGUCACGCAUUCGUUGUUUAUUGUUUUGUUCGUGUGAGCAUUUAAUAAAUAGAAUAUGUUCACUCGCAACGCUGCGCCUUGGUCUCCCUCAUUAGACGAUCGUGACAGAAAAUCCCACCAGUACCAGACCAAGCAGCGUGAGGAGGAGAGAGGAAGGACCUGGGAUCAGUGGAGUAGGAGUUUCGGCUGGGCCCCGCUAAGUGAAGAGAAGAGAGGCUGGUCUAUGGAGCAAUGGAUCAAGAGCUUCGACUGGGUCAAGCCCAUUGAGGAGCUGAGUGACGAGGGUUGGAGACAGAGGAGCGAGAGGUGGGCGAGAACGAUGGAGGCCUGGCCCACGGGGAGGAGAGAUCCCCAGAAAUUUUUUAGGGGGGGCUCACGACGUGGACGACGGGGCAGCAGGAGGCCGCGAGGGAGCGGUCCAGCGGGUGUGAAGAGGAGGCCGCCAGGUUAAGGGGGCCACUGGUCACAGAGGAGAGGGAAAGUGUGGAGGCACGGCGGGAGGUACUGGGGUGUGUUGCCAGUCCGGUCCGGCCCGUUCCUGAUCCCUGCGUAGGGCCAGUGGUGUGUGUCCCCAGUACGGUCCGGCCUGUUCCUGUUCCUCGCAUCGAGCCUGUGGUGCGUGUCGUCAGCCCGGCCCGGCCUGUUCCUGCUUCCCGCACCGAGCCUAUGGUGCGCGUCGCCAGCCCGGCCCGGCCUGUUCCUGCUCCCUGCACCAAACCUGUGGUGCGCGUCGCCAGCCCGGUCCGCCCCGUUCCUGCUCUCCGCACCAAGUCUGUGGUGCGCGUCGCCAGCCCGGCCCGGCCUGUUCCUGCUCCCCGCACCAAACCUGUGGUGCGCGUCGCCAGCCCGGUCCGGCCCGUUCCUGCUCUCCGCACCAAGUCUGUGGUGCGCGUCGCCAGCCCGGCCCGGCCUGUUCCUGCUCCCCGCACCAAACCUGUGGUGCGCGUCGCCAGCCCGGCCCGGCCUGUUCCUGCUCCCCGCACCAAGUCUGUGGUGCGUUUCGUCAGCCCUGUCCGGCUCGUUCCUGCUCUCCGCACCAAGUCUGUGGUGCGCGUCGCCAGCCCAUUCCGGUCCAUUCCUGCUCCACGCAUCAAGCCAGGGGUGUGUAUCGUCAGCCCGGUCCGGUCCGUUCCUGUUCCACGCACCAAGCCAGGGGCGCGUGUCGUCAGUCCGGCUCCGGCCAGCGGGGCUAGACAGGACCAGGGGUACUUUGGGGGGUUGGAGAGGAAGUGGGGAUCAAGCCCGGAGCCGGAGCCGCCGCCGAGGAGGAAUGCCCACCCAGCCCUCCCCUGUUUUUGCUCGUAUUUAGGCGCGGUCGCAGUCCGCGCCCUUUGGGGGGGGGGUACUGUCACACCCUGGCUCGGGGACUCAUUAUGUUGAGCCAGGGUGUGUUCAUUCUAUGUUUUCUGUUUCUUUGGUGGGUGUUCUAGGUUGUCUAUUUUCUAUGUUUGCCGGUGUGACUCCCAAUCAGAGGCAACGAGUGUCAGCUGUCGGCUGGUUGUCUCUGAUUGGGAGCCAUAUUUAAUCUGUCUGUUUUUCUUUCGGGUUGUGGGAUUUUGUUUGUGUGUGUUCGUGUUGUACCAUAGACGUCACGCAUUCGUUGUUUAUUGUUUUGUUCGUGUGAGCAUUUAAUAAAUAGAAUAUGUUCACUCGCAACGCUGCGCCUUGGUCUCCCUCAUUAGACGAUCGUGACAGAAAAUCCCACCAGUACCAGACCAAGCAGCGUGAGGAGGAGAGAGGAAGGACCUGGGAUCAGUGGAGUAGGAGUUUCGGCUGGGCCCCCGCUAAGUGAAGAGAAGAGAGGCUGGUCUAUGGAGCAAUGGAUCAAGAGCUUCGACUGGGUCAAGCCCAUUGAGGAGCUGAGUGACGAGGGUUGGAGACAGAGGAGCGAGAGGUGGGCGAGAACGAUGGAGGCCUGGCCCACGGGGAGGAGAGACCCCCAGAAAAUUUUUAGGGGGGGGCUCACGACGUGGACGACGGGGCAGCAGGAGGCCGCGAGGGAGCGGUCCAGCGGGUGUGAAGAGGAGGCCGCCAGGUUAAGGGGGCCACUGGUCACAGAGGAGAGGGAAAGUGUGGAGGCACGGCGGGAGGUACUGGGGUGUGUUGCCAGUCCGGUCCGGCCCGUUCCUGAUCCCUGCGUAGAGCCAGGGUGUGUUCAUUCUACGUUUUCUGUUUCUUUGGUGGGUGUUCUAGGUUGUCUAUUUUCUAUGUUUGCCGGUGUGACUCCCAAUCAGAGGCAACGAGUGUCAGCUGUCGGCUGGUUGUCUCUGAUUGGGAGCCAUAUUUAAUCUGUCUGUUUUUCUUUCGGGUUGUGGGAUUUUGUUCGUGUGUGUUCGUGUUGUACCAUAGACGUCACGCAUUCGUUGUUUAUUGUUUUGUUCGUGUGAGCAUUUAAUAAAUAGAAUAUGUUCACUCGCAACGCUGCGCCUUGGUCUCCCUCAUUAGACGAUCGUGACAGAGGUCUUUGAGCCAGAGGGGGUUAGCCCAAUGACUCCCUUUGAUUGACAGCUGCCGGCAGCACUACAGCCAAUGAUGGGACAGGAUAAUCUCAGAGAGUGACAGGUUAACGCUAACUUAACGUAGCAUGCGUAAAAUAAUCGCCUGAGCGGGGUCAGAAGAAACCGGAAGCAUACGGUUUUCAGGCUUCGCCUCUUCUCUGCUUUUCUCCUGAAAACUAGAUGCUUCCGGUUUCUACCGACCCCUGCUGACAGUGUGUUAACGCAGCAUAAUCAUCUGGAAUGUAGUUCACGUCGUCGACAAACAUUUUAACAUUUCUGACUGUUGUUGAUCGAGCAGCACUGAGACAUCCUGAGUUUCUGAACAUGCUGUGUAACGAUUGAUGUGUUUUUCUUCCUAGUUUUAUCAAAAAUAAUGACUUAUGAAAGGAAUGGUGGAGGGGAGGGAGAGAGGGAGGCAGGCGCUUGUUCUGAGCCGUGUUUUAUUGUGGUCUACUCAGUGACUCACACAUUGGCUUUUGUUCAGCGCUGUUUGAACCUCCCCAGCACCCCUUCUGUGCUUUUAUCAGCCGCUGACAAUGGCUAAUUAUUGUUUAAAUAAAAACGGAAAUGUUUUUUAAGGAUUUGAAAUGGUUGAAUAUUUUGCUACUAACUAGCUCUAGUGACCUGAGUGCAUUAGUGAAUAAUGCUCCAGGUAAUAGUAGUCUUUUUUACUACACUACAGUUACCUGCAAUGCUACUGUACAAUAUCGUUUGUCUGCACACUCUCUAAAAAGUCAUUAAUCUUCUCGUUCCCCAGCUCCAAUUCCCCCUCUCCUCUCCAUACUGAGUGUAUUAGAGCUGUGCAGCACCAGCACAUACACACAUGAUAAUACACAGGCACAGACACAGAUACACAUGAUAAGACACUCACUCCACACACACGUAUACAUGGAUUUUGUAUUGUAGAUAUGUGAUAGUAGAGUAAUGGCCUGAGGGAACACACUUAAUGUGUUGUGAAAAGUGUUAUGAAAUGUAAUGUCAUGUAAUAUUUUCAAUUGUAUAUAACUGCCUUAACGUUGCUGGACCCCAGGAAGAGUAGCUGCCUACUUGGCUAAAUGAAUCUGCUUUGGCAGCAGCUAAUGAGGAUCCUUAAUAAAUACAAAUACAAAUACAAAUACCAAUCCCACCAGGGGAACACAGUGUAGGGAAAUAGUAAUGCAGAGAGAAACAGGACCCAAAUGUACAGGAAUGAAAAUACCUCUAGUCCAUGUUCUAUUUCCAGAUUAUUGUGGGAACUGACAAUCAAAUAGUAAUCCAAGGAUUGUGAAGGUUUGAAACAUAUUGUGAGAUUACAGCGUAAUGCUGCUGCUUACCCAAUCAAACCCUUCCCUGUUCAGCACUUACAUACAGUAGAACAUAAUACAGUAACCAUGGAUAGAAACACAGGAUCCAUGCUCUUAAAUGUUGGAGCUUUGUGGAAUGUACUGAGUGACAGUGUACUACUCUUCUCUGGUUUCAAGCCCACUAAUACUAUAUUGUGGAUACAGAGUUACCUGUCUAACAGAACACAAAGGGUGUUCUUUAUUGGAAGCCUCUCCAACAUAAUCCAGGUAGAAUCAGGAAUUCCCCAGGGCAGCUGUCUAGGCCCAUUACUUUUUUCAAUCUUUACUAAUGACAUGCCACUGGCUUUGAGUAAAGCCAGAGUGUCUAUGUAUGCGGAUGUCUCAACACUAUACAUGUCAGCUACUACAGCGACUGAAAUGACUGCAACACUUAACAAAGAGUUGCAGUUAGUUUCGGAGUGGGUGGCAAGGAAUAGGUUAGUCCUAAAUAUUUCUAAAACUAAAAGCAUUGUAUUUGGGACAAAUCAUUCACCAAACCCUAAACCUCAACUAAAUCUUGUAAUAAAUAAUGUGGAAAUUGAGCAAGUUGAGGUGACUAAACUGCUUGGAGUAACCGUGGAUUGUAAACUGUCAUGGUCAAAACAUAUUGAUACAACAGUAGCUAAGAUGGUGAGAAGUAUGUCCAUAAUAAAGCGCUGCUCUACCUUCUUAACAGCACUAUCAACAAGACAGGUCCUACAGGCCCUAGUUUUGUCACACCUGGACUACUGUUCAGUCGUGUGGUCAAGUGCCACAAAAAAGGACUUAGGAAAAUUGCAAUUGGCUCAGAACAGGACAGCACGGUUGGCCCUUGGAUGUACACAGAGAGCUAAUAUUAAUAAUAUUCAUGUCAAUCUCUCCUGGCUCAAAGUGGAGGAGAGAUUGACUUCAUCACUACUUGGGUUUAUGAGAGGUGUUGACAUGUUGGGUGCACCAAGCUGUCUGUUUGAGCUACUGGCGCACAGCUCGGUCACCCAUGCAUACCCCACAAGUCAUGCCACCAGAGGUCUCUUCACAGUCCCCAAGUCUAGAACAGACUAUGGGAGGCGCACAGUACUACAUAGAGCAAUGACUACAUGGAACUCUAUUCCACAUCAAGUAACUGAUGCAAGUAGUGGAACAGCGGGGACUGUGAAGCAACACAAACAUAGGCACAGACACAUGCAUACACACACAUGAUAACAUAAGCACUAUACACACACGUACACAUGGAUUUUUUUACUGUAGAUAUGUGGUAGUGGUGGUGUAGGGUCCUGAGGGCACACAGUGUGUUGUGAAAUCUGUGAAUGUAUUGUAAUGUUUUAAAAAUUGUAUGAACUGCCUGGUGGAAAAUAAGUAUUUGGUCACCUACAAACAAGCAAGAUUUCUGGCUCUCACAGACCUGUAACUUCUUCUUUAAGAGGCUCCUCUGUCCUCCACUCGUUACCUGUAUUAAUGGCACCUGUUUGAACUUGUUAUCAGUAUAAAAGACACCUGUCCACAACCUCAAACAGUCACACUCCAAACUCCACUAUGGCCAAGACCAAAGAGCUGUCAAAGGACACCAGAAACAAAAUUGUAGACCUGCACCAGGCUGGGAAGACUGAAUCUGCAAUAGGUAAGCAGCUUGGUUUGAAGAAAUCAACUGUGGGAGCAAUUAUUAGGAAAUUGAAGACAUACAAGACCACUGAUAAUCUCCCUCAAUCUGGGGCUCCAUGCAAGAUCUCACCCCGUGGGGUCAAAAUGAUCACAAGAACGGUGAGCAAAAAUCCCAGAACCACACGGGGGGACCUAGUGAAUGACCUGCAGAGAGCUGGGACCAAAGUAACAAAGCCUACCAUCAGUAACACACUACGCCGCCAGGGACUAAAACCCUGCAGUGCCAGACGUGUCCCCCUGCUUAAGCCAGUACAUGUCCAGGCCCGUCUGAAGUUUGCUAGAGUGCAUUUGGAUGAUCCAGAAGAGGUAUGGGAGAAUGUCAUAUGGUCAGAUGAAACCAAAAUAGAACUUUUUGGUAAAAACUCAACUCGUCGUGUUUGGAGGACAAAGAAUGCUGAGUUGCAUCCAAAGAACACCAUACCUACUGUGAAGCAUGGGGGUGGAAACAUCAUGCUUUGGGGCUGUUUUUCUGCAAAGGGACCAGGACGACUGAUCCGUGUAAAGGAAAGAAUGAAUGGGGCCAUGUAUCGUGAGAUUUUGAGUGAAAACCUCCUUCCAUCAGCAAGGGCAUUGAAGAUUAAACGUGGCUGGGUCUUUCAGCAUGACAAUGAUCCCAAACACACCGCCCGGGCAACGAAGGAGUGGCUUCGUAAGAAGCAUUUCAAGGUCCUGGAGUGGCCUAGCCAGUCUCCAGAUCUCAACCCCAUAGAAAAUUUUGGAGGGAGUUGAAAGUCCGUGUUGCCCAGCGACAGCCCCAAAACAUCACUGCUCUAGAGGAGAUCUGCAUGGAGGAAUGGGCCAAAAUACCAGCAACAGUGUGUGAAAACCUUGUGAAGACUUACAGAAAACGUUUGACCUGUGUCAUUGCCAACAAAGGGUAUAUAACAAAGUAUUGAGAAACUUUUGUUAUUGACCAAAUACUUAUUUUCCACCAUAAUUUGCAAAUAAAUUCAUUAAAAAUCCUACAAUGUGAUUUUCUGGAUUUCUUUUUCUCAUUUUGUCUGUCAUAGUUGACGUGUACCUAUGAUGAAAAUUACAGGCCUCUCUCAUCUUUUUAAGUGGGAGAACUUGCACAAUUGGUGGCUGACUAAAUACUUUUUUCCCCCACUGUAUAUGGAAUCAUGUAGUAACCACAAAAGUGUUAAACAAACAAAAUAUAUUUUAUAUUUGAGAUUCUUCAAAUAGCCACCCUUUGCCUUGAUGACAGCUUUGCACACUCUUGGCAUUCUCUCAACCAGCCUCACCUGGGAUGCUUUCCCAACAGUCUUAAAGGAGUUCCCACAUUUGCUGAGCACUUUUGGCUGCUUUUCAUUCACUCUGCGUUCCGACUCAUCCCAAACCAUCUCAAUUUGGUUGAAGUCGGGGGAUUGUGGAGGCCAGGUCAUCUGAUGCAGCACUCCAUCACUCUCCUUCUUGGUAAAAUAUCCUUUACACAGCCUGGACGUGUGUUGGGUCAUUGUCCUGUUGAAAAACAAAUGAUAGUCCCACUAAGCCCAAACCAGAUGGGAUGGCGUAUUGCUGCAGAAUGCUGUGGUAGCCAUGUUGGUUAAGUGUGCCUUGAAUUCUAAAUAAAUCACAGACAGUGUCAACAGAAAAGCACCCCCACACCAUAACACCUCCUCCUCCAUGCUUUACGGUGGGAAGUACACAUGCAGAGAUCAUCCGUUCACCCACACGCAUCUCACAAAGACACGGCAGUUGGAACCAAAAAUCUCCAGACCAAAGGACAAAUUUCUACUACAUGAUUCCAUAUGUGUUAUUUAUACAGUGAGGGAAAAAAGUAUUUGAUCCCCUGCUGAUUUUGUACGUUUGCCCACUGACAAAGACAUGAUCAGUCUAUAAUUUUAAUGGUAGGUUUAUUUGAACAGUGAGAGACAGAAUAACAACAAAAAAAUCCAGAAAAACGCAUGUCAAAAAUGUUAUAAAUUGAUUGCAUUUUAAUGAGGGAAAUAAGUAUUUGACCCCUCUGUAAAACAUGACUUAGUACUUGGUGGCAAAACCCUUGUUGGCAAUCACAGAGGUCAGACGUUUCUUGUAGUUGGCCACCAGGUUUGCACACAUCUCAGGAGGGAUUUUGUCCCACUCCUCUUUGCAGAUCUUCUCCAAGUCAUUAAGGUUUCGAGCCUGACGUUUUGCAACUCGAACCUUCAGCUCCCUCCACAGAUUUCUAUGGGAUUAAGGUCUGGAGACUGGCUAGGCCACUCCAGGACCUUAAUGUGCUUCUUCUUGAGCCACUCCUUUGUUGCCUUGGCCGUGUGUUUUGGGUCAUUGUCAUGCUGGAAUACCCAUCCACGACCCAUUUUCAAUGUCCUGGCUGAGGGAAGGAGGUUCUCACCCAAGAUUUGACGGUACAUGGCCCCGUCCAUCGUCCCUUUGAUGCGGUGAAGUUGUCCUGUCCCCUUAGCAGAAAAACACCCCCAAAGCAUAAUGUUUCCACCUCCAUGUUUGACGGUGGGGAUGGUGUUCUUGGGGUCAUAGGCAGCAUUCCUCCUCCUCCAAACACGGCGAGUUGAGUUGAUGCCAAAGAGCUCGAUUUUGGUCUCAUCUGACCACAACACUUUCACCCAGUUCUCCUCUGAAUCAUUCAGAUGUUCAUUGGCAAACUUCAGACGGGCCUGUAUAUGUGCUUUCUUGAGCAGGGGGACCUUGCGGGCGCUGCAGGAUUUCAGUCCUUCACGGCGUAGUGUGUUACCAAUUGUUUUCUUGGUGACUAUGGUCCCAGCUGCCUUGAGAUCAUUGACAAGAUCCUCCCGUGUAGUUCUGGGCUGAUUCCUCACCGUUCUCAUGAUCAUUGCAACUCCACAAGGUGAGAUCUUGCAUGGAGCCCCAGGCCGAGGGAGAUUGACAGUUAUUUUGUUUUGUUUUUUUGCGAAUAAUCGCACCAACUGUUGUCACCUUCUCACCAAGCUGCUUGGCGAUGGUCUUGUGGCCCAUUCCAGCCUUGUGUAGGCCUACAAUCUUGUCCCUGACAUCCUUGGAGAGCUCUUUGGUCUUGGCCAUGGUGGAGAGUUUGGAAUCUGAUUGAUUGAUUGCUUCUGUGGACAGGUGUCUUUUAUACAGGUAACAAGCUGAGAUUAGGAGCACUCCCUUUAAGAGUGUGCUCCUAAUCUCAGCUCGUUACCUGUAUAAAAGACACCUGGGAGCCAGAAAUCUUUCUGAUUGAAAGGGGGUCAAAUACUUAUUUCCCUCAUUAAAAUGCAAAUCAAUUUAUAACAUUUUUGACAUGCGUUUUUCUGGAUUUUUGUUGUUGUUAUUCUGUCUCUCACUGUUCAAAUAAACCUACCAUUAAAAUUAUAGACUGAUCAUUUAUUUGUCAGUGGGCAAACGUACAAAAUCAGCAGGGGAUCAAAUACUUUUUUCCCUCACUGUAGUUUUGAUGUCUUCACUAUUAUUCUACAAUGUAGAAAAUACUAAAAAGAAAGAAAAACCCUUGAAUGAGUAGGUGUUCUAGAACUUUUGACCAGUAGUGUAUAAACUGAAGUAGAUCAAGCAGCCUGAGCAGCAUCCAUCCAACAGUGCCCACACUGUCUCAAAUAGAGAAAGCGGCCCCUGCAGUGUAUGUAAAUAUAUGUAUGUAAAUGGCUAUUGUAAAUAAUCAUUUGCAAGGUUAAUAUUGCUGUUAAGUGCACUGUUUGUGCUGCAAGAAUAAUGUGAAAUGUAUGAGAAUAAUUCAUGCACAUAUUUGAGUUAGGUGAUUAUAUUUUCAAAGGACCAUGGUUUGCCUAAUCAUUCGCUGUAAGCUCUUUCUCUCUAUUGUUCACUGGCUAAUUCCCUGCCAAGACAAACCUGAGGAACGUGUUCCGUUUAUUACACUGAAUAUUGCAGUCGGGGAGGCAAAUCAUUCAUUUUCAUACCCCGGUCAAUCUAACAGGGUCCAUAGAGAUGCUUAUUAAGAUGAUACAGAUGUAUGCACACAUUAACCACUGUGUAAUGGACAGUUUCACACUGUAUUAAGGUGUUUUGUCUGGGAUGUCGUGUCUGUGCAAGAGUACAGUUCCACUCAGUUAGGAUAGUGCCGGUGGAUAUUUAUAGUAAACACAGUGUAUAUGAGAGGUGAAGGACGAAUUUGGUGUCACUCCGGUCAAUGUUGUGGCUACCUGAAACAGUAGUGGAGGAAUGACCAAAGCCUCUGGCAUAGUAACAAAUGCAGAGGGAGGUGACACCUGUCCAGACAUUCCUCAUGGAGGUAGAACAGAUAGCUGCUGUCAAGCAUGUGUUUGACACUCGUAUCAAGCACACAGCACAGUUGUCCUUUUAGCCUCAAGGCAAACAGCCCCUAGUCCUACCUGCUCAGUCAGGCAUGUCCUGUCUCUCUCAGUGUCUGAUUGGAGAAACCAGUAGGAGGGAAUAGCACAGGUUGAUGGCCUGGUCAGACUCAGAGCAGCCCUGAUGGAGCCUUUAGUAGAGGCAUGGUUCAGACAGGAGUAGUAAAGUGGGCUACAGCUGAGUGAGGAGAUGAGGUCUUCUCUCUUCAUGAAGGUGGCUAAUGGAACAGGCAUUCACUGUCUACUGGUGGGGCUAUGACGGGAGACAGGAAAUUAUGACAAUAAUAACAAUACAAUGGGAUUGUCAACAGGCCAGGGGUAUGGCUGUGGCGGUCAUGACAUUUUGUCAGCCGGUUAUUAUCUAACUGCCGGUCUCACGGUAAUUGACCGUUAAUGAACAUAAACACAUUUAGCAUCUCCUGGCUUCCACGCAUAGCCUACAAGCCACUGAUGCAGACUUUUGGAACAUCUCCAUUUAAAAAAAGUAUAAUAAAUCCAUGUAAUAUAGCCUACACCAUCACAAUAAAUCCACGUCUAAAGAAACAUGAUUUGAAGAAAAUGUAGUCUAUUUCAGAAGAACAUAAUAGCAUACUCUGAGUUGUCCUUAUGUUAGGCCCUGAUCUGGCUAUGCCAUACGGCUGUGGGCUACACUAGUUCAUUUAGCAGACAACAUUUGCUUAGAAUUCCAUGGCAUUAUUUUAUAUUAUUUUAUAGUAUGAAGAAUACAAUUGAACAUAGCUGAAUAAAAUAGAAAGGAUAUUUUCUCCAAAUGAUUUGAGGGAGUGUGCACAUGCAGCUAUUCUGUGUUGAGCGGUUAACAAAGAAACAGGUACUCCUAUAUGCUUAAUUUAGAGUUAUUUACACUACCAUUCAAAAGUUUGGGGUCACUUUGAAAUGUCCUUUUUUGUCCAUUAAAAUAACAUCAAAUUGAUCAGAAAUACAGUGUAGACAUUGUUAAUGUUGUAAAUGGCUAUUGUAGCUGGAAAUGGCUGAUUUUUUUAUGGAAUACCUACAUAGGCGUACAGAGGCCCAUUAUCAGCAACCAUCAGUCCUGUGUUCCAAUGGCACGUUGUGUUUGCUAAUCCAAGUUUAUCAUUUUAAAAGGCUAAUUGAUCAUUAGAAAACCAUUUUGCAAUUAUGUUAGCACAGCUGAAAACUGUUGUGCUGAUUAAAGAAGCAAUACAACUGGCCUUCUUGAGACUAGUUGAGUAUCUGGAGCAUCAGCAAUUGUGGGUGCGAUUACAGGCUCAAAAUGGCCAGAAACAAAUAACUUUCUUCUGAAACUUGUCAGUCUAUUCUUGUUCUGAGAAAUGAAGGCUAUUCCAUGCGAGAAAUUGGCAAGAAACUGAAGAUCUCGUACAACGCUGUGUACUACUCCCUUCACAGAACAGCGCAAACUGGUUCUAACCAGAAUAGAAAGAGGAGUGGGAGGCCCCGGUGCACAACUGAGCAAGAGGACAAAUACAUUAGAGUGUCUAGUUUGAGAAACAGACGCCUCACAGGUCCUCAACUGGCAGCUUCAUUAAAUAGUACCCGCAAAACACCAGUCUCAACGUCAACAGUGAAGAGGCGACUCCGGGAUGCUGACCUUCUAGGCAGAGUUGAAAAAAAAAAGCCAUAUCUCAGACUGGCCAAUAAAAAGAAAAUAUUAAGAUGGGCAGUCUGAGAUAUGGCUUUUUCUUUGCUGAUAAUGGGCCUCUGUACGCCUAUGUAGAUAUUCCAUAAAAAAUCAGCCGUUUCCAGCUACAAUAGCCAUUUACAACAUUAACAAUGUCUACACUGUAUUUCGAAUCAAUUUUAUGUUAUUUUAAUGGACAGAAAAAUUGCUUUUCUUUCGAAAACAAGGACAUUUCUAAGUGACCCCAAACUUUUGAACGGUAGUGUAUGUAACUUUAGUUGUGAUACAAAUGUUGGGCUAUAUGUUUUGAUUUUUAAUGAUGAUUUGAAAAAAGUAGCAUGAAAGGCAUGAGCUCUGCUUUGUUUUUUGCACAGGCUGCUCAAAUAUCCUGGCUGCAUCCUCUUUGUGUGGCCGUAAUGCCCCCUAAAAUAAUCCAUGCCUUUUUCGGCCAGUGGCGGUUGUGCCCUUGGGCUGAACAUAAUCAUUAUAAUUCCCUUCUCCCGGCUGCCUGCCGAAGCACCUCUCACUCACAUGGCUCUCCAUCACGUGAUCAGGUCUUUCUCAUAGGCUACAAGUGAAGACAGACACAUCGGGGACGCAACUGCGCACGUCCUUAUCCAAUUCCGAGGCGCAUAUUGAAGAUAUUGGAAGAACUGUCCACAUUUACUUUUCGUCAGCCAACAAGAUGAGUAGGCCUAACUAACAGCAAAAGCACUAGCCUAUGUCAAUCUACUAUCCCCCAUGUACAAAAGUUGACCUAUUCUGUGCGAUAAAUAAAUAUUCCAAACAUAGUCUGGGACGGUUGUGGGAUGUGAUAGAUCCCAAAUUAAUAGAACCACUAGUAUCAAAAAACCUGUUUUAAGCAAUGAUCCUGACGCAACAGAUGAGAACGUUUAGUUUAAAAUGUUAAUAAACUGAACAAUUAAUCAAAUGGCCACCCGGACUAUUUACAUUGACCCCCCCCCCCCCCCCCCCCCCCACUAUGCAUAGUCACUUUACCCCUACCUACAUGUACAAAUUACCUCGACUAACCUGUACCCCGCACAUUGACUCGGUACCGGUCGUUACUGUUAUGUAAUCUUAUUGUGUUACUUUUUAUUUUAUUUUUUACUUUAGUUUUGCAAAUAUUUUCUUAACUCUAUUUCUUGAACUGCUAUGUUGGUUAAGGGCUUGUAAGUAAGCAUUUCACUGUUGUAUUUGGCGCAUGUGACAAAUUUGAUUUGAUUUGACCUAUUAGGCUAUUUCUUCACCUUAUAAGCGCAGCAAUGCGCACACGGCAGUAGGCUAUAAGCGCAAAUGUUCCAUUGGCAGGAAAACACCAUUCUCAAAAGUGAACACAAAUGCGAUUAUGCAUGUAAUGCUUUUAUUGUAAAGGUGCAUUUUUAUGGUGAAACUUGACACUCACACGCUGCGUAUGUUUUCCUAUUAGGUUCUACACCCAUUGUAAAGCGGAUUAAUGUGCUUCAUUUUAAGAAGUUAUUUGGCCACUUUAGUUGUGAUACAAACCUUACCAAAACAUAUAGCCCUAUGGGCUAGGCUACAUGAGGUGUGUGACUAUGAUUAGAAAAAGUCGCCCAAAAAAGCAUGCGCUGUUUCUUGCCUUAAGCUGGGCAUCAUUCACAAGUGAUAAUAAAUAAUUCACAAGUGAUAGGCUAAUAUUGUCACCCAUCAGACUAGUCUUGAUUUAAUCUUGUCUUUACAUAUACUAAAUAAUAUAUAUGUGAAAUUAGUUUUGAUUUAGAAUGGACCAUUAUCAUGCACCUGUCUCAGAACAGGGGCAGGGGGAAAAAAUACCUGUCAUCUAUACACUUAAAUAGCGAAUGGAGGACGCUUUUCCUGUGGUUCAUUUUCAUGCCAGCCGGGUAGGCUAUACUUCUGUUGUAAAGAGAAGCAAUGUGCUUAAUAUUAGGAAAGUAGAGAAAUAAAUAUAGUAAGCCUAGCCUAUAGAAAGCUGAUGGGAUCCUCCUCGUUUGAAUAGAGGCCAUCACUCUGUUUUCUCACACAGUUGCAUAACCUAUAGAAAUGUUGCGCAACAUGAGCUCAUGGGCUCUCAUUAAGUGUUUGAUUAGAUUUUCGAUCACAUUUGCAUUGAUGUCAGAGUGAUUAGAGGGACAAUAGAGUGCUGAGUACCAGGCAGUUAGCAAGUUUGGUAGGCUACUAAUGACCAUCAGCAGCAUCAGAGCUUGGAGAAGCCUAAUUACAGUGACUAAACGGUCACGUGGAAUUUGACUGCAGUGAUGACUCGUGACAACCGGUGUGACAGUAAUACGGUCACCAUAACAGCCCUAGCCAGGGGACAUUAUGGCCAGUACAGUACAAACUAUUUAUUUUUGGCUUAUUCUUCAAUAGUGUAUACAAAAAGAUAACCUCUCAGGCUUGUCCCUCACGUGUGCCUAGCAAAAUUCCGGGAACUUUUAAUACAUUCCCUGUUUUCCCUGAAAUCCCAGUUGGAGGAUUCCUGGAAUCAGGAGGGAACAAGCAGGAAAUCCAGAAUCCUCCAACCAGGAUUUCUGGAAAGCCAGGUAAUUUAUUGAAAGUUCCCAGAAUUUGUCAAGCCUACUUGUGCCUGUGCAUUGUGUGAGAAGAAACAACCAAACAUAAAUCAAUUCACGCUUUGCAUGUCUUUACAGUAAACCAAACUGACGAAGACAUGCCGUGUAGCCUCUUUUCUCCUAAUGAUGUCGCUGCCAACAGGCUUGUCCGAACCGAAAUGUCUCUGGGAAAAAUAAAGAAGAUUCUCAAGGCUUUGCCUUGCCUUCAUUUCAUACCGACUUUGAGGCAAGCAGGGAACCUAAAAUAGGAGCUAUUAUGCAGCUCAAAGUGGGGGAGUAAUGGCAGGAUGAUGAUGGAGGAUCAAUGGGAAAGUGUAUUUGAGGGAAUUAUGGUUCUGAUUGCUUGUGCUUAAAUCACCCUCUGUUCGGUUCCCACAGUAUCUAGAGAAUCUCUGAGUGCUCACCAUGUGUCUGUCUCUCUUAUGUUAAGCCAUGUUGACUAGCUCAGUUCCAACUGCUCCACUAUUGCCUGUGUAGAUGCAUACACUCUCUACAAUGCUGGUGGUGACAAUGACAAUUUCCUUAAAGUAGCCUACUUACCUGUACAUAUAGUUCUACAUUAUCAUUAUCAUACACAUAGAAUGAUAUCACAUCUAGUUAAACUGACCUGAAAUACUCUCCAGUGUAGGGAGGAAUACAUAAUGACUGCAUGUACGAUAACCAUAGGGAAUACGGUUAUUCACAGCAAUUUUGUAAUUAGCUGACUCUUGUUUUGUUUCAUCUUCCACAUUAGCAACCUUGGUACGUUAUGUCUGGCUAGGACAUGAUUGUAUGAUACUAUCACACUAAGAGGGGGACAUUUAGACCCUCUCAACCACAAACCACAUAUUUAUUUCAUAGCUAAAGCUUGGGAUCAUACUUAUCACAGUUAGUACUACAGAUUACUCUAAUAGCACAGAUAGGACUGCAGAUCAUCUGAACAGCACAUAACUGCCUGGGACGCAUACUUCGACGUGUCUGGCUGCUCUGCUCUACAGAGCGAUCAAAGGCGGCAGCUGGCCUCACCUGCUACAAAUAAGAAAGCCUGUAUAGGUAAACAGAUGAAUACGCGGAUUUAGUGGGCAAGAAGGCUGUGAAAGAUUGCUCUCUCCAGGAAACUACCUCCUUAUGCCAUUUACAAUACAGAGCUGCUGCCCAGUGCGUCUCUUCACAGCCAGAGUCGACAGUGACCGAUGGACUGUCCCUUCCUCUCUUAUCUGGGCCUCUGCAGCCCAAUGCCGUCUGGCUACAGGCCUGGGGAGGCCCUCACACACACACACACACACACACACACACUUUCUCUGUUUACCCACAGCUCCCCUACUCCCUCACACCGGAGAGGACUUGCCCGUUAAGUUUUUAAAUAUUUAUUUUCUAUCGUCAUGCAACAUCACAAAGUGCCAAGUCAAUCUCCUGGUUCCGUUUACACCACCAAUGUGUGGCACCUAUCUGUGUAAUGCACAACAAGUAUGCAUGCCAGAACGCACUGCGGCAUUCAGGCCAUGCCAAUGCCCAUGGCCAUCUUAGAUCAGAGGAAGGAUAGUGGCCAAAACGGUCCAAAACUACUUCCAGGAGCCAUCUGAUUUUUACAGGUGGUCUUCCCAGGUACCAACUAGCCCGUACCCUGCUUAAGGGCAGGGCUGGAAGUGUUUUGGCUGCUGAUUUCUGCUGCUGGUAAAGCUUCUUUCCAGACAUACAAACAUCGUGCAUCGUUCUGAACCAUGAUAGAUAUUCAAGAAUGUUCAAGAAGCUAGUGCGAAAAUAUAACUCAGUAUGACAAGACCAUUCCUUUGUUGUGGUGGCGCUUACUGGGCUCAAAUAAAAGCUGUAAACAAACCCAGUUAGUCGAUUCCUUAUAAAAUGGAGGCCCAGUUCAGCGUCUUUGUGUUCUGUGUUCUGUGGUGCUUGCCUUGGUGAAUGUGUUUGUGUAUUAGGAGAUACUGUGCCAAUUCCUGUCUUGAUUCUCUGUGUGGUUUCCUUGGUUUCCUGCUCUUGUUUAUUGCUCUGUCCCUAAGCUCCCAGAGGGCUGUGAGGUGUAUGUCAGUGGAAAGGCACAGAGCUAAAGAACACAACUGAAGCUUGUGUUCCAGAUAGAUUUUGUUAUAGUCUUAUCAAACCACUGUCUCUCACCCGCUCUGUAGCCCUGCCAGCUUGAGUCCUGAGACUGUCACUCCUCAUUUAACUCUAUCUCUCUAUCACCCAUGGCUUCAGCUUAGAUAGAGCCUGCUGUGCGUAUGAGUGUGUGUGCGUGUGCAUGUGCGUGUACGUAUGAGUGAGCUUGUGCAUGUGUUGCUGUGGGUUUUCCUCUCUGAAAAGAAGGUGUUGAGUUGAGCCUUAUUACUGCAGUCUUUCUACUCCUCUCCCCUUUAAGUUGGUCACAAUGUUUCACACCCUACUCCUCUCCCCUUUAAGUUGGUCACAAUGUUUCACACCCUACUCCUCUCCCCUUUAAGUUGGUCACAAUGUUUCACACCCUACUCCUCUCCCUCUUUCUGAUAGCGACUCUCACGACUUCCACUGUCUCCGUCACUCAUUCUCUCCUUCUUUCUCCCCCUCUCUAUACCCUUCUACUUCUCCCUCUACAUUCUCCUUCUCUCUUUUCCUCCUCUCUGUUUUUACUUCCCUUCUCCGUUCCUUAUUCUCCUCUCCACUCAUCCUUCCCCACCCCCUCUCCGUUCCUUAUUCUCCUCUCCACUCAUCCUUCCCCACCCCUUCUCCGUUCCUUAUUCUCCUCUCCACUCAUCCUUCCCCACCCCUUCUCCGUUCCUUAUUCUCCUCUCCACUCAUCCUUCCCCACCCCUUCUCCGUUCCUUAUUCUCCUCUCCACUCAUCCUUCCCCACCCCUUCUCCGUUCCUUAUUCUCCUCUCCACUCAUCCUUCCCCACCCCUUCUCCGUUCCUUAUUCUCCUCUCCACUCAUCCUUCCCCAGCCCUUCUUCGUUCCUUAUUCUCCUCUCCACUCAUCCUUCCCCACCCCUUCUCCGUUCCUUAUUCUCCUCUCCACUCAUCCUUCCCCACCCCUUCUCCGUUCCUUAUUCUUUCACUUCAUUCUCUCCAUUCCUCACCUCGAGGGGUUGGGUUAAAAGCAGAAAGAGAUUUCUGUGGACUGUAAGGAAUGGACAAAUAGGUAUAUUCUUCUUCUAACCUCUCUCUCUCUCUCCUCUGUUCCUCCGUAGUGUUGCUGCGAGAGGAGGUGGCCCAGCUGCAGAAGGAGGUGCACCUGUUGAGGCAGAUGAAGGACAUGUUGAGUAAGGACUUGGAGGAGACCCAGGGCCAGGGCUGCUCCUCCCACCUCCUUUCUGCCACUGAGCUGCGUGUGCAGCUGGGAGACAAGGAGCAGGAGCUGGACCGUGCCAAGGAGGCUUUACAAGGUCAGGAUGACCCCCGUAGUGCUCACCUACUACCCUGUCCUACCCUACUGUCCUACCUGAGUCCUACCCUACUGUCCUUCCUGAGUCCUACCCUACUGUCCUUCCUGAGUCCUACCUGAGUCCUACCCUACUGUCCUACCUGAGUCCUACCUGAGUCCUAUCCUACUGUCCUACCUGAGUCCUACUCUACUGUCCUACCUGAGUCCUACCCUACUGUCCUACCUGUGUCCUACCCUACUGUCCUACCUGAGUCCCACUACUGUCCUACCUGAGUCCUACCCUACUGUCCUACCUGAGUCCUACCUGAGUCCUAUCCUACUGUCCUACCUGAGUCCUACUCUACUGUCCUACCUGAGUCCUACUACUGUCCUACCUGAGUCCUACCCUACUGUCCUACCUGUGUCCUACCCUACUGUCCUACCUGAGUCCCACUACUGUCCUACCUGAGUCCUACCCUACUGUCCUACCUGUGUCCUACCCUACUGUCCUACCUGAGUCCCACUACUGUCCUACCUGAGUCAUACCCUACUGUCCUACCUGAGUCCUACUACUGUCUUACCUGAGUCCAAAUAUACUACACAGCUGUCUGAGCCCUGGCACACCCACUUAAGCCCCAUAUGUUUCUCACACAGCUCAGUCAAACCCACUUCAUCUCAGUAGAGAUAACAUCAGUUUAUCACUCAACAUAUCGAUCAGUCAAUUUAAUCUGACCUAAUUGUGUGGUAUGGCCCAUAUGUUUAUCUAUAUACUAACUGUGUGGUGUAGAAAUCUUAUCUGUCAUCUCCAAAUCUCCUAUCAGUCAUGGUGUGUGUGUGAGGGAGACGUAGAUAAGUCAAUACCUUCUGCCUGUUCUGUCCUUCCACAGUGUCAGUUAUGAGAUCUGUUCAUCAGUCCACUUGGCUCUAGUCUAGGCUCAGUUCUUGUAAGGUUGAGUUCCAUAAAUGGUAGCACACAGGCAUUGCUUUAUGAUACAGUGUAUGCUUUUGGCUUGGAGUGGAAUGCUAUGUAGAGGAUGUGGUGUUGAGAGGAGACAACUUGUCAUCACACUGUGGCCAAGUGUGGUUCGCAACCCCUCUUACCCCUACACCCAAAGCAAUAUUUUACAGAUAAAUAUUUACUUGCUUGUUUAACCCUGCUGAGGCAGACUGGCUGUAUGUAGAAUGGUGGGAGCAUGAAAACGUAAAGAAGACAAAAGCUAUCUCUCAAACCUCCCCCCAUCUAUCCCUCCUCCCCUCCUCUAUCUUCCUCUCUUCCACUCAGGGAGCAACAGGUGGCAGGUAGCGUGCUCAUAACUGUAGAGGUAUCGUGUAACUGUUGAAGAACAGGUUUAAAUGUUGAGUGAGGAGAGUUAUGGCAGAACAUGUAUAUUGGGAAUGAUUAAGCCUCAAUUAAUGACAUCUGUGUUGCGGUUAUGGAGAGAACAGCUUCUCCUUUUUCUUGAAUAGAGAGCUUUAGGAAUACUGUUCAUGAGUCACAAUCUUACUCUGCCUGUCAAAGCUUUCUCUAGAUUCCUGUCCUACAAAUACAGUUUAUGAGUUAUGGUCUCUACUGAAAAGCAAGCUUCGACCCUGGAAGUUGGCUGUUCUAAACAUGCUGUCUGGGUAGCAAAUGCCAUUAUGCCAAGCAUAUUUAGGGGAGGAUUGGUGAAUAUAGUCCCCACAUCAGUCUGUGUGGUUACGUGACUAAGUGCCUAUCUGCUACUGAUCUUAGAUCAUUACAUCAUUUACUCCAUGGUGCUUCUAUGUAAAAACAAUGUUGCUCUUCCUAGGAUUUUACAAUAUGUCACAGUGCCAUCUUGUGGCAAUUCAAUAUACAGUGCAUUCGGAAAGUAUUCAGACCGGUUGACUUUUUCCACAUUUUGUCACAUUACGGCCUUAUUCUAAAAUGUAUUAAAUGUAUAAAAAUUUUCCCCACAUCAAUCUACACACAAUACCCCAUAAUGACAAAGCAAAAACAGGUUUUAGAAAUGCAAAUGUAUUCAAAAUAAAACACUGAAAUAUCACAUUUACAUAAGUAUUCAGACCCUUUACUCAGUCCUUUGUUGAAGCACAUUUGGCAGCGAUUACAGCCUCGAGUCUUCUUGGGUAUGACGCUACAAGCUUGGCACACCUGUUUUUGGGGUGUUUCCCUCAUUCCUCUCUGCAGAUCCUCUCAAGCUCUGUCAGGUUGGAUGGGGAGCGUCUCUGCACAGCUAUUUUCAGGUCUCUCCAGAGAUGUUAGAUCGGGUUCAAAUCCGGCCUCUGGCUGGGCCACUCAAGGACAUUCAGAGACUUGUCCCGAAGCCAUUCCUGCGUUGUCUUGGCUGUUUGGUUAGGGUCGUUUUCCUGUUGGAAGGUGAACCUUCGCCCCAGUCUGAGGUCCUGAGCGCCCUGGAGCAGGUUUUCAUCAAGGAUCUCUCUGUACUUUGCUCUGUUCAUCUUUCCCUCAAGCCUGACUAGUCUCCCAGUCCCUGCCGCUGAAAAAUAUCCCCACAGCAUGAUGCUGCCACAACCAUGGGAUGGUGCCAGGUUUCCUCCAGACGUGACGCUUGGCAUUCAGGCCAAAGAGUUCAAUUUUGGUUUAAUCAGAUCAGAGAAUCUUAUUUUUCAUGGUCUGAGAGUCCUUUAGGUGCCUUUUGGCAAACUCCAAGCGGGCUGUCAUGUGCAUUUUACUGAGGAGUGGCUUCCGUCUGGCCACUCUACCAUAAAGGCCUGAUUGGUGGAGUGCUGCAGAGAUGGCUGUCCUUCUAGAAGGUUCUCCCAUCGCCACAGAGGAACUGUGGAGCUCUGCCAGAGUGACCAUCUGGUUCUUGGUCACCUCCCUGACCAAGGCCCUUCUCCCCCGAUUGCUCAGUUUGGCCGGGCGGCCAGCUCUAGGAAGAGUCUUGGUGGUUCCAAACUUCUUCCAUUUAAGAAUGAAGGAGGCCACUGUAUUAUUGGGGACCUUCAAUGCUAGAAAUGUUGUGCCUCGACACAAUCCUGUCUCGGAGCUCUACGGACAAUUCCUUCGACCUCAUGGCUUGGUUUUUGCUCUGACAUGCACUGUCAACUGUGGGACCUUUUAUAGACAGGUGUGUGCCAUUCCAAAUCAUGUCCAAUUAAUUGAAUUUACCACAGGUGGAAUCAAGUUGUAGAAACAUCUUAACCAUGAUCAAUGGAAACAGGAUGCACCUGAGCUCAAUUUCGAGUCUCAUAGCAAAGGGUCUGAAACUUAUGUAAAUAAGGUAUUUCUGUUUUACAUUUGUAAUACAUUUGCCAAAAUGACUAAAAACCUGUUUUCGCUUUGUCAUUAUGGGUAUUGUGUGUAGAUUGAUGAGUAAAAAAAAGUAUUUAUCAAUUUUAGAAUAAGGCUGUAACGUAACAAAAUGUGGAAAAAGUGAAGGGUUCUGAAUACUUUCUGAAUGCACUGUAACUGCAUAUUUGACCCAACCUUUGGUCAAAGCCUUUAGUCUUGAUUUGUUUGUUUGUGUGCGUGUGUGUGUGUGUGUGUGUGUGUGUGUGUGUGUGUGUGUGUGUGUGUGUGUGUCCAACAGCUAUGAAGUCUGACCGUAAGCGUCUGAAGGUGGAGAAGGCAGACCUGGUGAACCAGAUGCAGCAGCUGUACACCACACUGGAGAGCCGGGAGGAGCAGCUCCGAGACUUCAUACGCAACUACGACCAGCACCGUAAGGUACAUUACAUUCAACUACGACCAGCACCGUAAGGUACAUUACACUCAACUACGACCAGCACCGUAAGGUACACUACCGUUCAAAAGUUUGGGGUCACUUAGAAAUGUCCUUGUUUUCUAUGAAAACAUACAUGAAAUUAGUUUGAAUAGGAAAUAUAGCAGAAUGCAUAGGAAAUGUAGUCAUUGACAAGGUUAGAAAUAAUGAUUUUUAGUAGAAAUAAUAAUUGUGUCCUUCAAACUUUGCUUUCGUCAAAGAAUCCUUCAUUUGCAGCAAUUACAGCCUUGCAGACCUUUGGCAUUCUAGUUGUCAAUUUGUUGAGGUAAUCUGAAGAGAUUUCACCCCAUGUCUCCUGAAGCACCUCCCACAAGUUGUAUUGGCUUGAUGGGCACUUCUUACGUACCAUACGGUCAAGCUGCUCCCACAACAGCUCAAUAGUGUUGAGAUCCGGUGACUGUGCUGGCCACUCCAUUAUAGACAGAAUACCAGCUGACUGCUUCUUCCCUAAAUAGUUAUUGCAUAGUUUGGAGCUGUGCUUUGGGUCAUUGUCCUGUUGUAGGAGGAAAUUGGCUCCAAUCAAGUGCCGUCCACAGGGUAUGGCAUGGCAUUGCAAAAUGGAGUGAUAACCUUCCUUCUUCAAGAUCCCUUUUACCCUGUAAAAAUCUCCCACUUUACCACCACCAAAGCACCCCCAGACCAUCACAUUGCCUCCACCAUACCAUGCUUGACAGAUGGCAUCAAGCACUCCUCCAGCAUCUUUUCAUUUGGUCUGCAUCUCACAAAUGUUCUUAUUUGUGAUCCGAACACCUCAAACUUCUAUUCGUCUGUCCAUAACACUUUUUUCCAAUAUUCCUCUAUCCAGUGUCUGUGUUCUUUUGCCCGUCUUAAUCUUUUCUUUUUAUUGGCCAGUCUGAGAUAUGGCUUUUUCUUUGCAACUCUGCCUAGAAGGUCAGCAUCCCGGAGUCGCCUCUUCACUGUUGACGUUGAGACUGGUGUUUUGCGGGUACUAUUUAAUGAAGCUGCCAGUUGAGGACCUGUGAGGCGUCUGUUUCUCAAACUAGACACUCUAAUGUAUUUGUCCUCUUGCUCAGUUGUGCACCGGGGCCUCCCACUCCUCUUUCUAUUCUGGUUAGAGCCAGUUUGCGCUGUUCUGUGAAGGGAGUAGUACACAGCGUUGUACGAGAUCUUCAGUUUCUUGGCAAAUUCUCGUAUGGUAUAGCCUUCAUUUCUCAGAACAAGAAUAGACUGACGAGUUUCAGAAGAAAGUUAUUUGUUUCUGGCCAUUUUGAGCCUGUAAUUGAACCCACAAUUGCUGACGCUCCAGAUACUCAACUAGUCUCAAGAAGGCCAGUUUUAUUGCUUCUUUAAUCAGCACAACAGUUUCAGCUGUGCUAACAUAAUUGCAAAAGGGUUUUCUAAUGAUCAAUUAGCCUUUUAAAAUGAUAAACUUGGAUUAGCAAACACAACGUGCCAUUGGAACACAGGACUGAUGGUUGCUGAUAUUGGGCCUCUGUACGCCUAUGUAGAUACAGUAUUCCAUUAAAGAACAGCCGUUUCCAGCUACAAUAGCCAUUUACAACAUUAACAAUGUCUACACUGUAUUUCUGAUCAAUUUUAUGUUAUUUUAAUGGACAAAAAAAUUGCUUUUCUUGCGAAAACAAGGACAUUUCUAAGUGACCCCAAACUUUUGAACGGUAGUGUACAUUACACUCAAUCAUGACCAGCACCGAAAGGUACAUUACACUCAACUAGGACCAACACCGAAAGGUACAUUACACUCAACCAGGACCAACACCGUAAGGUACAUUACACUCAACUAGGACCAGCACCGUAAGGUACAUUACACUCAACUAGGACCAACACUGAAAGGUACAUUUACACUCAACUAGGACCAGCACCGUAAGGUACAUUACACUCAACUAGGACCAACACUGAAAGGUACAUUUACACUCAACUAGGACCAACACUGAAAGGUACAUUUACACUCAACUAGGACCAGCACUGAAAGGUACAUUUACACUCAACUAGGACCAGCACUGAAAGGUAAAUUUACACUCAACUAGGACCAACACUGAAAGGUACAUUUACACUCAACUAGGACCAGCACUGAAAGGUACAUUCACUCAACAACUAUACAUACAGUAGCCAGAAACACAAGUAUUUUGACCUAAUAUAACUGAGAUUCAUUGAGCAGACAUGUGCUCACACACUGGUUUAAGGCAGUACUAUGCUGUGAAGAUUGACAGUAUCUGUGUGCUCUACUGUAGGAGAGUGAGGAUGCUGUGAAGGCCCUGGCUAAGGAGAAGGACCUGCUGGAGAGGGAGAAAUGGGAUCUGAGGAGGCAGACCAAAGAGGCCACAGAGCAGGCCUGCAUCCUGCGCUCUCACAUGGAUAUGAAGGAGAACCGCAUCAAAGAGCUCGAGGCUGAGCUCACUAUGGUGAGACACACACACACCCACGCACAUACACACACGCACACACACGCACGCACGCAUGCACACUCACACACAGACACACACACACACAAUGUGACACGCACACACUGAUAUGCACUGACACACACACGCUGUGCUUUGCUCUGUAAUGGAAUUCAUGCAUUUUCUGCCUGGUUGCGGAGCUCCUAGAGAGCCUGUUGACUGAGAGAUGGCCUCAUUAUUCACUCCAUGUCCUUAAUUCCUCUCUGCUGCCAGUCAACAGCCAGCCCACCACCUCUAUAGGGCUAAGCUAGCUCCUCACUACCCGCAGCAGCGGCUGAUAAGAUUUAUCAGAGCUAGAAGACCGUAUCUCUGUCUCUGUCAAGUGCUCACAGACAGAGACACGUGUGGCAGUGUUCCUAUGUGCGGGUGUGUGUAUUGUGCAUCAUAGUGCCUACAUGUCUCCAUGCACGUAUGUGCGUGUCUGUACCACUGUAUCUUACCGCCCUAUGUGUGUAUUUAUGCCAGGCGAAACAGUCCCUGGCCACGUUGACUAAGGAUGUGCCGAAGCGCCACUCCCUGGCCAUGCCCUCAGAGCCGGUGGUGAACGGCAGUCAGGAGUGGGCGAUGCAGGGAGACCUGCCCCUCACCGCUGCCAUCCGCCAGAGCCAACAGACCCUCUACCACGGACACACUGUGGACCGCCAGGGUAGGCUCACCUGUCUGUCUCUGUCUCUGUCUCUGUUUGUCUCUCUCUCUCUCUCUCUCUCUCUCUCUCUCUCUCUAUCUCUCUCUCUCUCUCUCUCUCUCUCUCUCUCUCUCUCUCUUUCUCUUUCUCACACACACAAACAGCACAACCAUUACUGUAUUGAGGAGUCAGUGAGUCUAAUGUGUGUGUCUCCCCUCUAGCUGUGGUCAGGGUGAGUCCCUGUCACUCCCGCCAGCCCUCCAUUAUCUCGGACGCGUCGGCGGCUGACGGGGAUCGGUCGUCCACCCCAAGUGACAUCAACUCCCCCCGCCACCGGACCCACUCCCUCUGCAAUGUAAGAGCUGCCUGGCCUCCCCGACCAAGUAAUCACACCUCCACAAUUCUCUAUAAGUACCUUUAUGUACUCCUCUCUGUUCUGUCUGUCUGUCUGUCUUUACUCUGCCUGCUCUUUCCCUUGGUUUAGUUCUGUUAAAGUAUUGGUUCACUGUAGUUCUGUGAUUUAAUCUGCAAGUUGUUUGUGAGAGAAUCUCCUGGUUCAUUUACUAACCUGAAUGUCUGUGUCCUCUGCCCUCUCUCUUUAUCUCUUUCCUACUCCCCUCUGCCCCCUCUUUCUUUCCUCCUGCCCUCUCUCUCUCUCCUCCUGCCCUCCCUCUCUCUCUCCUCCUGCCCUCCCUCUCUCUCUCUCCUCCUGCCCUCCCUAUCUCUCUCUCCUCCUGCCCUCCCUAUCUCUCUCUCCUCCUGCCCUCCCUAUCUCUCUUCUUUCUGCCCUCCCUCUCUCUCCUUCCUACUGCCCUCCCUCUCUCACUCCUCCUGCCCUCCCUUUCUCUCCUCCUGCCCUCCCUCUCUCUCCUUCCUCCUGCCCUCCCUCGCUCUUUCCUCCUGCCCUCCCUCUCUCGCCUUCCUCCUGCCCUCCCUCGCUCACUCCUCCUGCCCUCCAUCGCUCUCUCCUCCUGCCCUCCCUCUCUCUCUCAUCCUGCCCUCCCUCUCUCUCCUUCCUCCUGCCCUCCCUCUCUCUCUCCUCUUGCCAUCUCCUUCUCCUGGCCUAGUCUAUGGAGGACCUGGAGGACCAGAAGCGUAAGACGAAGAAGAAGGAGAAGAUGAGUCUGGGCUCCCUGUCCCGGGUGUUUGCUCGGGGAAAGCAGCGCAAGUCAAUGGACCCGGGCCUGUUUGAUGGUACAUCCACCCCUGAUUAUUACAUAGAGGAGGAUGCCGACUGGUGAUGGUGUGUGUGGAUUUCUGUGUGGGUCUGGUUGUGUGCAUGCGGAUGUGUUUGUGUAUGUGUGUGCCUCCACGUGUGUGUGUGUGUGUGUGUGUGCGGGUGUGUUGCCUUGUGUUCCCAAAAGAAAGACCUGAGAGACAAGAAAGACCCCAGAUAAUGUACAUUAUCCUCAAAAAUGUAUGUAUGUAAAUUAAAUAUAUAUUUAUAGAUGUACAUGUAUGCAUAUGUAUAUAUGUUUACAUGCAUAUAAAUAUAUAGAUGGGAUUAUUAUGUGUUGACAUGUUUAUGCUGUGUUGUCUUUUAUUUGUCUUAAUAUAUGUUUCUUUUUUAUAACUGGAGACUUGAAGGACAGCUGUGCAUAUGUAAAUAGGAGUAAUUGUGCACCUAGUGUUUGUAAAUGUCUUUUGUCUGAUAACGGUUUUAUUUUAUAGUUACUUUUGGACUUUUUUAUUUCGAAUUCUCCCAUCCCAGUCUUAUUUGGCCCAUUCCUUACAUUCUCAUGAAAAUAUGAAUGAGGAAUACCCUCCACAUUGUAACUGAAGACUAAACAUACUACUAACAACAACUAACCCUCCCCUGAACCGAUGUAUAAUGGACAACUGGUAUCAUUUAGUAAUCAACAAACAUUGAGGUCUAUGGAAAAAAACAUGUUUCUGACAGUGUAACUGAAACUAAAUAAUAAUAAUAUGACAAUCAUAAGGACAUUUGAUAUUGUAGUUCACAGUGGACCAGUUAGUCCGCUUUUUCAGAAACCUCCCACUAUACAGCGACAGUAAGGAGUUUGACCAGCCUUUUGUUGUGCCACUGUAGAAUAAGGGAACCUACUACAGCUGGGGGAGCAGGCCUUAUUGCUUAUUCUGUGAUAUUGGACAAUAGGGGAGGAACAAUACGUUUAAAUAGCCCACUGGGCAGCAUCGACGAAUAGGAUAGCAUUAAAUAGGAUGAUGCUGUGAGUGCCAGAGUGGGUUUGUAUAGAUAUAGGUUUAGGGGUAUUGGAAUGGGAAUGCUAGCUAGGUAGAUUAUUAAUAUGUGUUUGUUUGUGUUGGCCUCCUGCUCUGUUCUACCGAUAGCUGAAUGUUUCAGAUAUCAAUUGUUAAAGACUUACAGUACCCUGCCCAGCCUGUGUUAGAUCGAUCCAAAUACAUUUCUUAGACUGAACGCUGAAAACCAAAAUAAGGUGCCAAAACAAUGGUUUUACAACAUGAAGUGAAAAAAUGUUUUGCACACUAAAUAAUUACAUGUUUCUGACUCAUAUACACACACACACACUCACACACACACUGUUUGAAUGCAUUUUAAAUUGCCAAAGGUGCAAGUUUGGUCUUUGAUAAAACAGAGUCAGAGUAGAUGUGUGUCACUGUUAGCACUGCCUUGUAAGAUUGCUUUUGUCUUUAUUGAGUUGACAACUAUCUAACGUGCCAACGGUAAGCAUAGGACUGUGCACUAAAACCCCUGCAUGAUUACCUGUGCUGCUUUGGUUAGGAAUCCAUUAGUUAGCAGUGAAAAUAACAACCUCAAGCAUUCUCUGUUGUUCGUAUUCCCUAUCACCCCCCCCCCCCCCCCCGAAACAAAACACAUUCCCAUUUUUCAUUCUCUUGCAUCAUUCUGGACGCAAUGAAAGUUUUUUGUUAUUUUUGUUGUUUUGCUCUUUACCUUACAACCCUCCUCAUUUCUUACAUUUGUGAUUAUGAUAAUAAUCUGUUUAAUGUUUUGUAAUUUAGGAGAUGUUGCAUAAAAGAGUAAAUCUAUUAUUAAGUAUUUUAUUUAAAGAACAAGAAGUAACUUCAAGGGUAAAAAUGAACAUGAUAAAUGAUUGAAAUAAAAUCUUAUUUUAAAAUAAAACCAGCAACCAAGUAUCCAUGUGGCGUUCUUCUGUUCCAUGUCUAAUCUGUUCUUGUGUCCUGGUGCCCCUCUCAACUCUCCCUCUCUGGGCCACAUUGCCAUAUUGGAUAGUGACUCCCUCCUUCCCUCACUCCCCAGAAAAUAUAUCCUCAUCUGUGAUUUACCAAGUGUCUGUUUCCACACUGUGGGGAUUAUUCAUAAAACUAUACUGAAGGGAAAUUACCUCCUGUGCUGUCUUUUGAAAACCUACUGAACAAUUCAUAGAGAUUGUACUUCUAUAGACCUCACUCUCAACAUGUUAACAAGGUUUAAGGAACACUUGCUAAUCAUCCUGGAUUUUGCAGAGCACUUAUUUGUUGGAGGCUUGUUUGAACAGGUUGUAAAUUCACAGCAGAUGGUAGUUAUGAAUAAUGUGUGGUGUUUCAAAUGUGUCUCAAUCUUUAAUAUUUGCCCCUAGUGACUAAAAGUCACUCCAUCCCCACCCGAUCGUUCAAACUCAACCAUUCAAACUCAAACCUUAACCCAACUCACACAGCAUUUGCUGAACAGUAAAACCAUAGACUGACUAAUAGUUUUCAUUGUAUAAUUUAAAAAGGUCUUCCUGUAUUUGUCAGUGCUUGAGUCACCUGCUCAGUUGUGGCACCGGUUCUCACUUUGUAAUAUAAAUUGUAGUGUGAUGAGCCAUUAAUUCAUGUCAUCAUUAUGGCAUCUGAUCAGUACUCUAGAUUGUAGAGAGACCUCAAUAAUACAGUGCUUUGGUGAAUUACUCUGGCACCAUCUUCUGGCUGCAUAGAGCAGUGGCUGACUGUUCAUGCUAGUCCUAAAGCAGUUUUUACACAUUCCUGGUCCUGUCUCUUGUUUAGACCCUCUGUCAGUCAAUCGCUAAUACUCCUGUCAUGAAAUGGCAGGUUUGACGUUAGAUGCCGGGGGAUAUUGUACAGGUUGAUUUGAGUUGCCCAACAAUCCCAUGUGCUUCAGUAGAUGGUACAUAUUGUAGCCAUGUCAAUAUUUUACAGAGGGAUGUUAGUAAUAUCAAAUUAAAUCACAUUUUAUUUAUCACAUGUGCCGAAUACAACAUGUGUAGACCUUACAGUGAAAUGCUUACUUACAAGCCCUUAACCAACAAAUGCAGUUAAAAAAAAAAAAGUGUUAAGUCAAAAAUAGAUAAGUCAAAAUAAGAUAAAAAAAGAAGAAAAAUAACAAAUAAUUAAAGAGCAGCAGUAAAAUAACAGUAGCGAGGCUAUAUACAGGGGGUACCGGUACAGAGUCAAUGUGCGGGGGCAAAGGUUAGUCGAGGUAAUUGAGGUAAUAUGUACAAUAUCCUAGGUACACAGUGAUAUAUAUCCUCCUCCCUUUUCUACUGUUAAAUUUGAGUUGGAUGAGUCAUUUAUGCCUCUCAAUUCCUUUGACCCCAAACCCCUCCCCUGUCCUGUACUUCCCCUGACCAAUCCUGACAGACUCUGACAACCUCUCCAGCCUAUCAACACAACAACACAGCCUAUCAGACGGAGAGGAGCAGCUGGACCGCCUCCAGCAGAUGGAGCUCAUUCGGAACAUGCCCAUGUCACUGUGGAAGGCAGGGGCAGUACAAGCCUGGCUGGAGUUUGUCAUGGCAAUGUCCAUGUACAUUCGUGCUUGCUCGGAAAACGUCAAAAGUGGCAAGGUACGGCCUCUACACUUCAACAUGUAACAAGUACACAUCCACUUUAAGUCUGAUUUCAGGACUUGUUUUUACAAAGCCUGUAAUGAUGGUAACAGCAUUAAUAAGAAUCCCUCGUCUUUCCAGGAAAACCGGGAUUUCGGCAUGCUUUCCCUUCCUCAUAGCAUCAGCAUUAGAUCUAGUAUUCCCUCGUCCAUGCUUGCUUGCAUGUGUGCGCCUUAGUCUGUGAGUGCUGUGCAGUGGAGGUGUAGAUUGAUGAGAAGAGUGUUCUGGGUGGGUGUCCCCUGGCUGCAGGUGCUGCUGGGGCUGACAGACGAGGACCUGGAGCUGGGACUGGGCAUCAGUAACCCCAUGCACCGCAGGAAGCUACGCCUCGCCAUCGAGGACUACAGGGAGGCAGAGGCUGGCCAGGGGUGAGCUGGAACAGGCACACAUACACAUAAUCAGGCAUGCACACACAUUACUGAGUGUGACCGUCUCAAAUGUUAGGCUAUCAAAGGCUGCUGACAUGGACCAUCAUUGGGUUUCCAAAUCUUGGUUGAGUGACGUCGGGUUGCCGCAGUAUUCCCAAGCCUUCCAAAGCCAACUGGUGGACGGCCGGGUGCUCAACUCCCUCAGCCGCCGAGACCUGGAGAGACUCCUGAACAUCACCACCCAGUCCCACCAAACCAGCCUGCUCCUGGCCAUCCAGCUCCUGCAACUGCUCAACUUCGACAAAGAGGUCAGACCUGUAGUCAUUAUCAAUACUGUGACAUUAGAGCGACCGCUCAGCUUCUACUCCCGGUGUGUUUGUGGAGUGGUUACAGUAGUAACCGUACAGUAGUAACAGUACAGUAGUCCCGUACGGUAGUAACCGUAUGGUAUUGUAACCGUAUAUUAACAGUACAGUAGUCCCGUACGGUAGUAACCGUAUGGUAUUGUAACCGUAUAUUAACAGUACAGUAGUCCCGUACGGUAGUAACCGUAUGGUUUUGUAACCGUAUAUUAACAGUACAGUAGUCCCGUACGGUAGUAACCGUAUGGUUUUGUAACCGUAUAUUAACAGUACAGUAGUCCCGUACGGUAGUAACCGUAUGGUAUUGUAACCGUAUAUUAACAGUACAGCAGUCCCGUACGGUAGUAACCGUAUGGUAUUGUAACCGUAUAUUAACAGUACAGUAGUCCCGUACGGUAGUAACCAUAUGGUAUUGUAACCGUAUAUUAACAGUACAGUAGUCCCGUACGGUAGUAACCGUAUGGUAUUGUAGCCGUAUAUUAACAGUACAGUAUGUGUGUGUUGUUGGUUGCAGGUGCUGCAGGCUCGCCGAGCCCAGUGUGAGCACCAGCACCAGGACCCAGUGGUUUGGACUUGCCACAGAGUCAUAAAGUGGAUCAGAGACAUAGACCUAAAAGUGGGUCCUUUUCCUAGAACAGAAACAUCAGAAUGCACCUGGAUUCCGUUCAGACUGUCUCCAUUUUGGGCCAAUAGACUGGUGUAUACACUGUAUAUAGAUCGUGAUAGGGGAGAUUGAGUCAAAUUUAGCCAAGUUGUUUGUUUGACAUUGUUCUUCUUGGAUAAUAUUCUGUCCCUAUGUCUCACUGGUCAGGAGUAUGCUGACAGUCUUCAUGGCAGGGGAGUCCAUGGUGCUGUGCUGGCUCUGGACCCCUCAUUUGAUGCAGAUGCCAUGGCCAAGGCCCUGGGAAUCCCCAGCCACAAACAUAUGCUCCAUCGGCACAUGUAUGAAGAGAUGAAGGCUCUCGCCAUCCCUGCCAGGUGAUUGGUCUUCCUAUAUAAAUUAUAUUUUAAAGCUAUUUGGCAAUAAGUAUAAUAUUUUGUUGAUGAAGAAUUUACAGCAGUGAGGUUAAUUGAGUCUUCCCUUCUUCCUACCCCUUGUAGGCAAAGUAGUGUGGAGCAGGAUUGUGAAGUGCUGGGAACGGGAGCCCCUCCACAAUCCCCUUCUGCUGUUAGCCGCUAUAACGAGGAGAUUGUGUCUAUGAGACGAAGGUCAGGCAAGGUAAGAAGAAGCUACUUUAACAAUUUUAUUUAUGAAGAUGUCUCAACAAAUGGUAGGUAUUCAAACUUGUACUCAAAAUGAGGCUGUACUGUUCAACUGGGUAUAAGCUCUGUUUUGACUCAUUCUUCCUUUCAUUUUCCCAGAGUCCUCUGCGGUUUAACCCAAAGAUCGCCAUUGGACGGGGCCUUGGUUACCAUGGCAGCUGUGGAUCUCUGCCCAGAGAGGCACGGGUGCAGGCUGUGCCCAGGACAAAGGGAAGUCCCAUGCACACCUACAAGAGUGUUGAGAUCACCAAUGUCUAA